UAAUGGGAUAAGCACACUCGAAUGAAACCUAUUAAUUUAUGAAUUAUCCACCAGAAGAUAUAUUCCCAUAAUAAUAGCCUUAGUAAUAAAGGAAAGUCUUCAAAGCUGCUAAAAAGCCUACGGCAUAAUAAACUAGUUAGAAAAACAUCAAUAUUACUUCAACCCCAUAGUUUACAGACAAUAAACAGCAAUCAUUGGAAGAAAAAAUAAAGGGGAAUAACUUUUUCUCUCAAAAAAACUAUUAAAAAGCUAUUGAAUGCUAUACUUAAGCUAUUGUAUGAUGAAUAAAUAUUUAGAAUUUGUAUGGCACAGAUUCCAUUUACUAUUCCAAUAGAGCAGUGGCAUAUAGACUAUUAAAUAGAUAUUAGGAGGCCAAAUAAGAUGCAGAAUAAGCAAUUAAAAUUGAUUAAACAAAUGCUAGAGCAUAUUUCAUUUAUGGAACAAUAAUUCUGCUAGAAGUAUAGAAGAGUCCAUAAAUAAGUGAAUAAUUAAUAAAAUAGGCUCAUAGAGGUUUGCAAUACUUAGACUAGGGUAGUAUAUUAUUAUUAUCUUAAAGCAUAUGAGUAUAUAAAGGAUAAUGCUGACUAAUAAAAGAAUAAAUUGAAGGUUCUAAUAAAUUAGAAUUUAGGAAAAGGAAAAAGGAUGGUUUUUUUGAUCGCUUAAGAAAUGGAUAGAAGAAGUAUUAACAUAAAAUUAUAUUUUAAUAGAUAUCUAAUCUUUAAAAAGUAUUCUUGCUGAAUUAGCAUAAAGUAGAAAGGUUAAAUUAGAUUGGAAUUAUUUAGAAAAGUAAACUUAAAAAAAGAUGCUUUAAGAAAUACCAAUACCUUAAUCAUUUAUAUGUGUAAUAUCAUAUGAGAUUAUGAAUGAACCUAUUCUAUUUAAUACCGGUUAGACUUAUGAAAAAAAUGGCAUCUUUUAAUAAUUCACUUAGAAUGGUUGUACAGAUCCUAUAACAAGAGAGCAAAUUAUUCCAUAAACUGCAAGACUUAAUCUGUAAUUACUUUUAGGUAUAAGUGAAUUAAAAAAAAAAUAUGGAUGGAUUGGAAUAGAAUAAGAAGAAGACUACAAAGCAAUAAAAUUUGAAUGA